AUGGCGCCAGAUGAACUGCGGAUUCGCAACAAGAUGAAGAGGCAAGAACUCUUUGCUGAGGUCAAGGACCAGAAGAACAAAGAAAGACAUAAGAUGAGAAAGCAGCGAGCAAAAGAAGAAAGAGAGAACCCUGAGCUCAAGGAGAAAAGACUCAAAGAAAAUGUCACAAACACUAUCGACAGCUUGAGAGUAUACGAUGAAACCAUCCACCAAGAAGUUGAGGGAGAUGAGGCGGACUUUGCGCAGUUCUUCAACAACGGCACGGAGCCUCCAAAAAUACUCCUAACAACCAACGUGAACGCCAAGAAGAAGGCGUAUGAAUUCGCGAACGUUCUUAUCGAAAUCUUACCCAAUGUUACUUUUGUGAAGCGCAAGUUUGGAUACAAACUCAAAGAGAUUGUGGAAUUCUGCUCCAACCGAAACUACACAGACCUCGUUAUAAUAAACGAGGACAAGAAGAAAGUCACUGGGCUUACUUUUAUCCAUUUGCCAGAGGGCCCCUCGUUCUACUUCAAGAUUAGCUCCUACGUGGAUGUGCAGAAAAUCGUAGGCCAUGGUAGGGCCACCAGCCAUAUUCCUGAACUCAUCCUAAACAACUUCCAAACCAGACUGGGUAACACUGUGGGUAGACUGUUCCAGUCGAUAUUCCCCAAAAAUCCGGACUUUGAGGGUAGACAGGUUAUCACGCUACACAACCAGCGCGAUUACAUCUUCUUCCGCAGACACCGUUAUGUGUUCAGGAACGAAGAGAAGGUUGGGCUUCAGGAGCUUGGACCUCAGUUUACCAUGAAGUUGCUGCGCCUACAGCAUGGCAUCAAGGAGGAAACCGAGUGGGAGCAUACCGCUGACAUGGACAAGGAAAAGAAGAAGUUCUACCUGUGA